GUGUGACCAUAUAGUUGUCGGUAUGUUAAUCAGCAUUCAGUUAACAGUUCAAUUGAGCAUAACGGAUUGUUGUCAGCACUAUUGAGUCAUUUACAGCUGUUAACCGCGCACAGUUUGACGCCAUGGUCUAUGUUAAACCAUUUCAAAUGUUCUCUCAAUGUUGAUGUGCAAGGACGUGUCGCGGCAUAACGUUUAAGAAUUCUUUGUAUUAUGCGUGUGUGCUUAAGGUGUUAAAACUGUGCGUUUGUGUGUGUGAGUGUGGGUUUGGGUGUCACUUACUGAAUGCCCUCUAAGGCUAUAACAACAAAUGCUAUAAAAUGAAUAAGUGUAAAGUGCACAGCUAAAUUAACAACAGGAAAAACAAAAACAACAACAGCGGCCACAGCUAACGGUUAAAGCUGUCUGGCCAUUGUUUUUGUUGCCGCCUGCAAUGCGGCAAAAUUUGCCGCUUGGUAAAACAUAUCACAUCGGAUUAUAUACACAUAUAUGACUGCAAGUGAGCAAAAAGCUGCACAGAAAACUAAUCAGCAAUAAAAAAGAAAACACACGCAUUUAAAAAAGUUAGCGAUCUCUUCUUAAAUCGUUUUUAUCGUUUCGUCGCGGCUAAUUGGACUAACUAUAAUUAACUGCGAGCAGCGUGAUAGCAUAUCAAAAAGUGCGCCGCGGUUUGGCCAAUUUAUCUGACAUGUUUACAAAAUAGCUAAUCAGAGGGACACUGUGCACAUAUAUAGAGAAAAUCAAUUUAUAUUCAGUGCUAAAAAUGCGACAGCAAUCAACAAACGCUGGGCGCUUUAAUGAAGCAUAUCAGCGAGCAAAUAAUAUCGUCUACAACAAUACCAAUGGCAAUAACAAGAAUAUAUACAACAAUUGGAACAACAAUGAGCAUCACUUAAGCAAAUAGAAAAUCAGCUUGCAAAAUCAAUACAAAAUCAAUACAAAUAGCUGAGAAAUUUACUGUCAACAUUUUUUUUGCCAGAGGAGAAGAAAAACAAAAACGUGAGAUACGAUAAACAAAGGGACAAGGCAAACAAACUCCAUUUCAAAUGGGCGGCAAGAACGGAGUCAGUGGUAAUGGCGGCGGCGGCGGAGGUGCCGGUGGCGGUGGCGGAAGCGGCAAUGGACCCGGCGGUGGCAGUCUGAACUCUAGCGUCUGCAACUCGGUGCUGACAAAUGCAACCGCAGCUAGCAACAGUCUCAGCCAGCAGCAGCAGCAGCUUCAGGCCAAGUAUAUCAAGUCCAAACGCCAUCAGAGUCGUUAUACCAAUCUACAGCAUUCUGGUCACGAUUCCAGCAGCUAUCUGCAUCUUAAUUCGCUCUGGUCUAUAUGGUAUGGUGUGCUACUGACACUUUUCCAAGGCUAUUUAGCCAUGCACGGCGCCUACAGGUUCCUCGGCUGCUCGUUAAUACCCUGGAAAAUCGAGCCCGUUGCUGAGCUAAAUCUGCAGAUUGUGCUCUCCGGGGUGGUGUUUAUUCUGCUGCCCGUAUUCUUUACAUCGGCGGUAUUUAAGGUUGGAAACUUGGCAAACGAUGGCAUCAAAUUGGCAACUGGCGCCAAGGAGCGUCGCUGCACGCUGGCACCGCAUGAUGGCCUCGAGGAGGAGGCACGAGGUGGCACUUUGCGCGCCCUUUGGACGCAUGGAGGACCUACGGCAGCCUUUGUGCACAUCCUUAUAGCAUUGUGUCUGCUGCUGCCGCGACUUUUGCUGGAGGCGCGCAUCAUCGAGAAUGGACUGUUGCCCAAAGAGCAAGUUUGGGCAACCGAAUUGGACUUUGUUGUUAUCAAUAGACGCAAUUUGAUGGCCAUGUCGGUGGUGGUGCCGACGCCACCCUAUCAAAAUCAGCAGCAGCAGCAGCAACAGCAGAGGCUGAACGUAAGCGUAAACAGCUUGGAGCACGAUGAGGACGACUACUACAACGAUACGAUGUUCACGGCAAUACGGAGCAGUAGCAGCGGCGGCGGUAUCAAUAAUAAUUUGUUCGAACUGACACGUGAUAAGGAUGGCAGAAAUGGCAGGAAGGCGGCCAAGACGACGGCAAUAACAACAACAAAAACAACAAUGCGUAAAGGAGCUGCGGGCAGAACAAGAUACUUUGAAGUGCCCGAUUUAAUUAAUCGAAAUAUUGAUGAAGACAAUGAGCGGCAGGGUAAGGACGUGGCCCAACGACAGCAGCUUGAUGAUGACAACGAUGAUGAUGUUGAUGAUGUUGACUUAGAUAAUGAUAACGUUGAUGUGGGCCGAGAUGAGGGCCCUGUCUUUAUGCCAGACUUUGAGGCCAGCAAUGGGUUUGCGCCCAAAGCAACAGCAACAACAAUAGCAAAAGCAGCCACAGCAGCUGCAGGAGCGGAAAAUUGGCAAAGGCUGGGCACACUUGACAAGGCGACCAGCAAGACAACAGCGGCUAGCAUUGGGCCAAUAACAAAAACAACAACGGCUGCUACAAGCAGCACAGCAACAACAUCAAUAUCGACCACAACAACUACAGCAACAACAACCACACCAGCAGCAGCAGAAGGAACAACAAGCACAACCGCAUCACCAAUUAUAGCCAAGCAGCAGCUACAAUUGCACCAACACCAACAUCACAACAAGAGCAGUCGAAAACACCACAAGCACCACCACAAGCAGCGACAACAACAACAACAACCGCGUCGCCACCACGUGGCUGCCCACGAACAGACGCUGGUAGAGAGCUACGGCGAGGAGGAGACCACGACACGGGACAGCAGUAUUCAUCGCGUGCGCACCGAAAUGCUGCCAGAGAUUAUAAUACCCUCGACGCCAGUGUCCAGCAACUCCAAGAUAAUUGCCAUCAAGCCCAAAACGCAGAAGCGUCGCAUUGUCAAGCGCGCAGCGAGCAAAUCCGGCGUGGAUAUCGAGCCGGAGUAUUUGCUGGGCGAUGCGGCCGUCAGCUCCAGCGAGUUUAUAGCCAAGUCCAGCAGCGAGCAGCAGCAGGAGCAGCAGGAGCAGCACGAGCAGCAGGAGCAGGAGCAGCUGGAUGAGGAUCUGGAUAUCGAUCUGGACGAUGCCGAUUUCCAAGCGCUGCCAGCUGUCACGCCAGCAGUAGCUCCCACUGGCAGCAGCAGCAGCAAUGAUUUUGUGCGUCUCGAUGGCUUUGCGGGCAUGCUGCAGCUGUUUUUUGGCAUCGACAAGCCCAUCGAUGUGGCCAUCUUUGCCCAGCCGCCCAGCGCGGAGUUUGUGAACCUCUUGUGCGCUUUGCUCGUCUGGACAGUGCGUUAUCCGGCCGUAUUCUGGAACACGUCCAAGUCGUUUGCCUGUGUCUUUAGCCUGCAAAUGAUUGUCGCCGCCUUGGACACCAUACUUGGUUAUGUGGGCGUCUCGAAUCUCUACAAGCUGCAGAUCUAUGCGGAGGCCAUGCCAGUGCAUCAGCCGGGACUCAUACUGAAUGCCACGGUCACGCUGGCGCUCUACUUGCUGGCCACGGCGCUCGUGUUGGCCUCCUCGAUGGUCAUGUAUUUGUAUGGACACGGCCGGCUGGCCACUCGCAUGAGAGAUCGCUCCAUUAUCACGCUUAAGACCAGCCAAACCUGGAUCUAUUUUGCUCAUUGCGCCUCCUUGUGCUUUGUACUGGCCUUGGCUGUGGUCAAAGCGCCACUGCUGAAUGAUCUCAGCGCCACCUACAAGAACAAUUUGCAUUGUCCAACGUUUUUGGCAGCGCUCGUUGGCGUCACACACCUGCUGCUGUGGAUUGUCGUCUGGCUUUGCCUGACCAUCAAGAGGCGCUGGCACUUUAAGCUGCCACCGCUGGAUCACACCUAUGGCGGGCUGUUGAACAAGGCCAGCGCUCAGCCGUUGCUCAUGUCCAGCGGGCAACGUACGGGCAGCAAUUCGAGCAGCGGCGCCAACUCAACGAGCACAACGGUCAAUGGUAUCGACUCCUCCAAGCCGGAUAUGAUGAGCACGGCCACAAGCACGGAACUGGCUGGCAUGGGACUGGUGGCACAGGAGGAUAUCUAUUGGCCAAAGCUGACGCCCAGCUCGCCCAAGCUGAAGGUCACCUUCAAUGAAGUUACGAGUACGUCUGAUGAUGUCCUACUAAUUGGUGACCAAGAACAAACUGAUGGCAAGCGCCAUACGAGCCGUGGAACCGCGCUAUGUUUUGCCAGUUCUGCGGGGGAAAUUGACGACGGCGAGUACGCGACAUUAAGGGCGGCCACCGCCGGCACCGUUGUGGGCAUCACCAUGGGCAGCAUAAAGAGCAGCAUUGCAGUGAGCAUCGGCGGCGGGGUCGGUGGCGCAGGCAGCAGCAGCAUCAUCAGCGGCCUGCUGCAUCUAAGCGAAUAUGACGAGCUGCCACCGCCGCCAUCUGUCAACCAUCAGCACCCACUAGCCCAUGGGCACGCCCACGACUAUGCGAAUCUGAGCGGGCUGGGCGGCAUCAGUGAUGACAACAUCUCCGAGGAGGGCAAGCUGCUGGCCUGUGUGCGGGACGAUAGCAUCACGUAUGCAUCCACACGCGAUCUGGAGCCGCCACAGCCGGCAACACCACCGCCGCCGCCGCCACCGUUGCCCGUCAAAGGUGCGCCCAUGCCCCAGCCGCCCAGCGUGCAGCAUCCACAUGUCAGCUACGGACGCGCGCCCCAGGCUAUGCCCGAGAUCAUGCAAAUUUCACCCGAACAUCACAAAUCACAGCCACAGCCACAGCAGCAGCAACCACACCACCCGGCGCUCCAUCAUCCACUACAGCAACAUCCGCAUCCGCAUCCACAUCCGCAGUCGCAUCCGCUUCAGCAGCAUCAUCUAGUCAGCCCACUGGCUCCGGUCACGGUCGCCGUGCACACCAACGAGGCGCAUAUCGCCUCCAGCUCCACACCCCGCUGCCUGCGGCGCGCCGACUCCGGCGUGCCAAAUGAGGCGCUAACGCCACGCAGCGACACCAAUUCGAUCACGGAGAGUACCAAUACCACAUCGCCACCGGAGCGUGCCCCCUCCGAGUCCUCCAGUGGCGUGCACUCGGGCGAGGAGCGUGAACUGGAAGUUAUUAUACGCCCCCGCGUCAGCUGCAAGGCACCGCCACGCCCACCACAGCCGCCCAUACAGGAAGAGCCCUACGGCCGCUGCACCAACAUGCGCAUGUCCAGCUUCAAUGCUGACCCCGUGGCCGCCGCCAGUGCCAUCAACAGCGCCACAUUACCACUGCAGCGCAGCGCACCCGAGCAGAAGUUCGACUAUACGGCCCACUGCAGCACCAUGCCCCUGCCGGCGGGCUGUCACAGCCAGCAGCUCGCCAACGGCGGCGGGAGCAACAACAAUAACGGCGGCUAUGCCUCCACCUCAGCCAUGACUAGCUCCAUGGGGCCGCCGCCGCCGCCCUCGCAGGUGUCCAGCUUCAAGACGCCCAGCAUGCAUUAUGCCAAUGCAGCCGUGGCACUGGGCUCAUCCUCGCACGUGCCGCACACAACGCUGCCCAACGGCGUGCGCUACUCAAAUCCGCAUUUUCUGCGCCGUUUGCCGCACGUGAGCAAAGCUGCCGAAUCGCCAUAUGGACACCUGGGCUAUGGGGCCGCACAUCACGCCUUCAGCAAGCUGCCGCACGAGACGCAUCCGACCAUACCCGAGGAUCGGGAUUCAGCCAACUAUUCCAUGGCCUCAGAUCAGGACUGUGGCCUCUAUGUGACGGCUCAGCUGCACUAAGCCGGCGGCGGGAUUGAAUUUUAAAUGACAGCUAUAGCACUUUAGUAUCGUAAUAUCGCAAAAAAUCAAGCUUAAGUAUAUGUGUACGUUAAUCCUAAGUGUAUAGAUGCCUCAAAUCUUAAAUCUUCCACACGCACUUCACGAGUUCACUAGACAUCAUCAGAGUUGAGUUUGUAAGCCAGAUGUAUGUAUACCAAAGGGGUUCCGCGAUUUCGAAUCCCUAUCUGCAUUAAUUGUUCAGCCCUGAUGAUGUAUAGAGACUUAUUACCAGAAGUAAACCUCGUAGGUCCGAAGCUUAUAUGUAUAUGAUUUGCAUAAAUAAUUAAACCGUGUAGCACAAAUACCCACGCCCCAAGCAACUAACGCCCCACGCAUAAGGUUACAAAGGAUAUCUAUGCAUAUACUAUAUACAUAUAUAUAUAUAUAAAUAUAUAUAUAUAUAUAUAUAUAAUUCUAUAUUUAUACACACCACUCGGUAUGCUCGUAUACAAUGUGUAAGAUAAUAAACAAUAUUUGUGUUUAUCAUAUCAUCUAUGAUAAUAUAUGUAUUUAAACUAGAACCUACGCGUAAUAUUGAAACGUAAGCAAAGCCGCAUACAUUAUAAUCGUAUAUAUACAACUACUAUUAUCGAAUAAUCAAGAAAUAUUUACAAUAUUUUGCCCACUCCGAAACAUUUCUCUCCAACAUAAAAAAUGCAUACGAAUUUAAGCCGCAAUCGCAUGGUUUUAAAUCUAAGAAACAGAGGCCGAAGAAUUUGUGAAAGUAAAAAUUAAAUUUGAUAGCAAUUAACUAGCGCACAAAAUGUACGAGUCCAAAGAGGCAUAACACUCGAAGAUCUGACUUUUUUUUCCGAAAAUCUUUUAGUUUAACAAUUAAUAAUAUAAUAAACUAUUUCACCUCGGCUGAAUAAACUAGGAUCUAGAAAUGUUAUACCUUUUUGAGCUCGUGCUGGCCUAGGAAUCGAUAAGCUUUGAAAUCGACCCAAUUUAAACAACAACAAAAAAAAAAAAUGCCGUGAUGGUAGAUAGCAUUAGCCACGCUUCAGCUAGUCGUCGUAAAGUAAAGCUUCAGCAUAUUUUUUAUGGUCUCCUCGAAAUAUUCUAAUCGUUUAAGAUAAAUGUAAAAUGUAAUGUAACAAAGCGACAAUAUGAUGAUAUCUAAUGUAUGAUAAAAGCAACUAACUAACUGUAUUAAAUUAGCUAAUAUACUUACCAUCAGAAACACGCAUACAUACACAACCAUUAACUCACGGACUACAAAGCACUUCCCAUACAUAUCUCCCCCAUGAAAAAAAAAAAAAAAACAAUUCCAACAAAGACUUUCAACUCGAAACUACUUUUCUAGGCGCUCUCUACAA